AUGGGCACGGGCAUCGGCACCUCACCGGAUUACACUGUAGCUGACAGCACGAAAAAUGGCCACCACAAGAUGCUUAAAGUCCUCCCGACAACACAAGAGUGCCAUCUUUACAUCUUACGAGGAGACGAGACCGUCAAAGAUCUCAGCCGAUCCCUCAGAGGCUGCUCUAGCAUGGCGGGGAAACCUGAGCUUGGACGCACUUCGAGCUUGGAAGCUGGCAUGGAUUGUGGCAUAAAUACGUCCUUCCGUCCUUGUAAAGUCAUGUACCAGUGUACAGAGAUCGUUCCUCAAUUCGCAUUCCCAGUCAAUCCUAACUCAGGAUUCUUCAAUAUGCGCUCCUCUACACCGAGUCCGCUCGCGGCCUUCAUGCUAUUUGCGUCCUCUGUCCUCUGUCAGAACCCCACAACUACGACGAUCAACCUUGGCUGUUACACCUCAACAGGCAUAACUAGCCAAAAGUCGGUGCCCGUUGUCGUCUACACUUCUACUGUGACAGUCACCACGGCAUUGCCUAAGAUUACUGUUACAAAGGUGACAUCAACGAGUACAGCGACUACAAUUAGCACAAUCACUCCAUCUAUCGCCUCGACUGCCACUUGGACAAUCACACCACCACCUGUCACCGUAACAUCCACCUCGCUAGUCACUGCACUAGGCGCAACGACUACAACAACAAUCACACCUGGUUGGGACCGCCUAAAGCGGCAUCCAGCACCGACGCCAGCUGCACCCCUUUUCCCCCGAGCCCAUGCCAUUGACCGCCGAGGGGGCUUCCCGCAGACGGUGUAUUGCGGAGCCGAAGUCUACGUUCGUACCACAAAGACGAUUACGUCGGUUACGCACACGGCCGUGAGCUAUGCCACUACAACCUCGACCUUUACCGCGACGAUCAAUGAGGUCGUGAGCACUCAGACAAUCACUCCAGCGAUCAGCACGAUAAGCUCGACCGUCACAGUCGCUUCAACCGUAGUCUCGACCUGCUUCGAGGGUGAAAAGACUACCGUAUGUAUCCACAUCCUCAAUCUCUACCCUUCCAGACUCGAGUGA